UCCUCCCACCCACCCCCCUCGCCCCCCAGAUCUCACGCACACACCCCAGCCCCGGAAGAUGGGGAACUGCCUCAAAUCCCCGACCUCUGAUGACAUCUCCCUGCUUCACGAGUCUCAGUCCGACCGGGCUAGCUUUGGCGAGGGGACGGAGCCAGAUCAGGAGCCGCCGCCGCCAUAUCAGGAACAAGUUCCCGUUCCGGUCUAUCAUCCAACACCUAGCCAGACUCGGCUAGCAACUCAGCUGACUGAAGAGGAACAAAUUAGAAUAGCUCAAAGAAUUGGCCUUAUACAGCAUCUGCCUAAAGGAGUUUAUGACCCUGGAAGAGAUGGAUCAGAAAAAAAGAUCCGAGAGUGUGUGAUCUGCAUGAUGGACUUUGUUUAUGGGGACCCAAUUCGAUUCCUGCCGUGCAUGCACAUCUAUCACCUGGACUGUAUAGAUGACUGGUUGAUGCGCUCCUUCACGUGCCCCUCCUGCAUGGAGCCAGUUGACGCAGCCCUGCUUUCAUCCUAUGAGACUAACUGAGCCAGGGUCUCUCGUCUGACUUCAAGUGAACCAUCGUUUUUGGUGGUUUUGAUCUUUUGUCACUGAGCCCAAAGAGCCAGGGAUUAGGAAUUAAGAUCAUGCACAAAAGUUUCCUAAAGCUUCCUGGAUGGCUGCAGAUGUUGAGGAAAGUAUGUGAUAUUUUAGAAAUUUAGGGGGAAAGUAGGAUGGAUGGUAUUUUUAUGUAAAGCCUUGACCCAGUGUUUAAAAUAUAAUUAUUAGACCUUGUUCCUGCUCCAGUACAUAGGAAUUGUGUAAAGUGUUACAGCAGUUGUACAUGUUUAAAUUGUGUGUGUUGAAGAUUAGGGAAAAGGUAGUUGUUCUUUUUUCCUAAAUGAGAUAGGUUUUUUCUCCCUUCCGCCCAAUUUCUUUUCUGAAAAGUUAUUGGCAUUUGGGUCAAGGUUUUAUUAAAAGUUACAUUUUAUAACACUGGCACAAAAAAAGUAGUUUUAAGCUUGUUUGCACAGUUCUUUUUUUCCAUUGGAAAUGGAAUUCAUUGCCUUAGGUCUUUUUAAAUAGUGUAUUAUUAUCGUUGGGGCUGGCUCUAUGCUUGAAAACCAGUUUAUUUAUAACCUGUUGUAAGUGCUAUAUUCUGUUUGCAGUUAGGAAAUGCAGAAUUCAAAGUGAUCUCCUAGCUUGUAAGCAAACUGAGAUGCACUAUCUCUUUUUUAUUAAAAAUGAGUUGAUGUGUCAGAAAACCAAGGCUAGCAAAGUGGAUUUGAUAUCCCCUUCCUUGGGUGUCUUAUUGUUUGGUUGUUAAUAUGGUGAUAAUUGUUGAGCUUUGAACUAUGCCACUAUGCUUAUGUAAAAAUGAAGGUGGCACCAUGGUGAGACUUAACCAGAAGUAGUUUCUCAGCUGUAACAGUUUGAUUCUCUUUCCCGUGACCUCUUUCCCCACUGUCUGGAACCAUAGCAAAAGGACACUGCAUCUCCUGUUACUGUAGUGCUGAGGUUGUUGAAGCUACAGAAACACAUUUAGUCUGUUUCAUAGAAAGGUGUCCUUUAAGUCCUGUAGUGACUGACAGGAAAGGUGACUGUGUUUCACGUUUCGCACACCAAUGCAGCAGGAUUUGUAUAAUCACAUGACUUCAUAGUUGUGAUCUCAAAGGAACUUUUCCUUUACUUUUUCUUGCAAUUAAUGUAAGAAUAACUCUAAAUCUCUACACUUCUGAAGAGUGGGAGGUAGAGACUAGUAAAGAUGUAAUGUGUUAUCCAUUUAGCAUGUGUUUAUUUUUCCUUAUGUUCUCGAGGUGAUUUGUUCCUUGACUCAGUGAUAUUGUAGUUACAAGUGAUGAGCAAAAGCACUCUCCACCUGACAAGUGAGAAACUGUUCUUUUAUAUUGUGUUGAGUGUUGGACUAACCCUUUUUUGCAUACAGAAGGUCUCUGAAGGUUCUUCAUAAUUGCAUUAUAUAGAAAUUAUGUCUUAGUUAUUGACAUUCAGAUGAAGCGUUCAUACAUUGCUUAGUUCCCAUUGGACCCCAUGAUGGAAAGACUUAAGGAUGAACUUGGAAAAUGCUGAAGAAAUUAGAUUAUCAGGUUCUGUUAAAUUGUUACGUAUAUCUUGCUUAAUUUCUGUUCAUUUAUUUAUACCCACCCAAUUAUAAAGUAAAUUUGGAGGAAACACCUGAAGUUGUGCCAUAUUUUCAGUGCUAGUUCCUUUUUAAUCCUUAUGUUUUCUAAUUAUACACAUCUGUGAUCAUCAAACAAGUAUUACAACCAGACUUUUCCUAGGUUCUCAAAAUUAGUAAAUUAACUUUCCCCAGUCAUCUUUCAUGUCUUUGGUGAAAACAAAAACCCUUCUGCCUCAGGCUAGAACUGAGUGCUCUUGGGUGAUCUUUUGUUCUUUAACUUUAUUCUGCUGGUAAAGUUAUAAUGUAGCUAUGCAGGGCUUAAAGUCAAGAGUUGGUUACAUGUGCCCCAGAAUUUCUAAUCUUAA